ACAUCACUGAGCUCCUGCCUUUUCGCCAGCGCUGUGUGUCUGCACAAGUCUCACAAAGGAGUACCUGACGCUUGGAUGCAUUCACCACUAACCGACCACUUCACGGGGAUUUACGCAGAUGCAAUGGAAGAUCGCCAAUGAGCGAUUGUCUUCAGUGGUGGAAUGGACCAGGAAGCGUAGCCUGACAAGCAACAACAUGGCCGCCCACCGUAUCCGAGCAACGAACAACAACAUUGCACUCCCUCGCUGCAAAUCUGAGGGGACUCUCAUUGAUCUCAGCGAGGGGGUGUCUGAGGCCAGCCUCACGGAUGUCAAAGUGCCUUCUCCCAGUGCCUUAAGACUGGACACAUCUGCCUCUUUUGGAACGGCCCGGGAGGUCGUUGCCAUCAAGGAUUACUGUCCCUCCAGCUUUACCACUUUGAAGUUCUCCAAGGGAGACCGCCUCUUCGUGCUGGACACGUCAGGGGGAGAAUGGUGGUAUGCCCAUAAUAACACGGAGAUGGGGUACAUCCCUGCGGCUUACGUCCAGCCAAUAAACUACCGGAACUCUUCUCUCAGCGACAGUGGGAUGAUUGACAAUCUCGGGGAUGGACCUGAGGAGGGCGCCAAGGAGCUGGACCUUCUUGGUGAGUGGGCAGGGGUGGUUCCGAAGUCCAGCUUGCCCCAUGACAGCAACCCGUUUACCAGCCGCUCCUCCACUAACCCUUUCCUCUGUGGAGCUCUGGACCAGAAUAGCAAUGAGAAGGCUGUGCACAACAACGUGGACCUGCUGCUUUUUGACACUCUGUCACCCACCGUCCCAAGCUCCAUCGCCAGCUCUGCGGUUACCGCCAACGGCUUCGGCAACAGCAUCUUUGACUUCACCCCCAUGAGCCCCAACCAGGAGUUUCCACACUCUCUCCGCAAGGACAAUCCCUUCUUCAGGAGCAAGCGGUCCUACAGUUUGUCAGAGCUGUCCAUCCUCCAGGCCAACUCCAACGCUCCCCCAGCCUCGUCCAGUUUCUUCACUGGCUUAAAAGCUCCGUCCCCAGAGCAGUUUCAGAGCAGGGAAGACUUCAGGACGGCAUGGCUCAACCACAGAAAGCUGGCGCGGUCAUGUCAUGACCUUGACUCCCUGGGACAGAACCCGGGCUGGGGCCAGACACAGCCGGUGGAGACCAACAUCGUGUGCAAACUGGACAGCUGCGGUGGAGCCGUCCAACUGCCAGACACCAGCAUCAGUAUUCACAUCCCUGAGGGCCACGUUGCCCCAGGAGAGACCCAGCAGAUCUCAAUGAAAGCGCUCCUGGACCCCCCACUGGAGCUCAACAGCGACCGAUGCUCCACGGUGAGCCCAGUGGUGGAGGUCAAGCUUAGCAACAUGGAGGUCAAGACCUUCCUCACACUGGAGAUGAAAGUGUCGGUGGUGGUGAAGAAGGAGAGCAGGCAGACGGCCGAUGUCGUGUGCGUCAGAAGUGACUGCAAGGAAGGCCCAUACACUCCCAUUUCCCAGGCUUAUGUGUAUGGGGAUACGGUCCAGGUCCAGCUGGACAACCUGGAGCCCUGCAUGUACAUUGCAGUCGUGGCGCAGGCCCAGCACCUGUCCCUGAACUCCACCGUUUGGGACCAUGUUCUGAAGAAGGUCACAUUGGGUGUGUAUGGACCCAAGCACAUCCAUCCCUCUUUUAAAACGGUGGUGGCGAUUUUUGGCCAUGAUUGUGCCCCAAAGACUCUGCUGGUGAGUGAGGUCGGGAAGCAGAUCCACUCCGCUCCUCCAGUGGCCCUUCAACUGUGGGGUAAGCAUCAGUUUGUACUUGGGCGACCGCAGGACCUGCAGGUCGGCGUGUAUUCCAACAUGUCGAACUAUGAGGUCAAAGUCAAUGAUCAGGCCAGGGUGGUGCGAGGCUUUCAGGUGAAACUGGGCAAGGUAAGCCGGCUCAUAUUCAUGAUAUCCUCGCGGAAUCCGGAUGACAUGUCGGAUUUCACCCUGCGGGUUCAGGUCAAAGACGAUCAGGACUGCAUUCUGGCACAGUUCUGCGUGCAGACACCUCAGCCACCUCCCAAAACAGGCGUGCGGACAACAGGCCAGAGGAGGUUUCUAAAGAAGAAGGAAGUUGGGAAGAUUAUUUUGUCCCCACUGGCUAUAACCACAAAAUACCCAGUGUUUCAGGAACGCUGUGUCACCAACUUGAAAUUUGGCAAGCUACUCAAAACGGUGAUCAGACAAACCAAGAACCAGUACCUCUUGGAGUACAAGAAAGGGGACGUGAUUGCGCUGCUGAGUGAGGAGAAGAUCAAGCUGAAAGGACAACUGUGGACCAAAGAGUGGUACAUUGGAUACUAUCAGGGCAAGACAGGGCUUGUCCACGCAAAAAAUGUUCUGAUUGUAGGGAAGGUGAAGCCUAUAUAUUUCUGUGGACCGGACCUCAUCACCACUAUGCUAUUGGAGCAAAUACUGAAGCCCUGCAAGUUCCUCACCUACAUCUAUGCCUCGGUGAGGACGAUCCUGAUGGAGAACGUGGGGAACUGGAGGGCUUUCGCCGACGCCCUGGGCUACACCAACCUGCCUCUGACGUAUUUCUGUCGAGCGGAGCUGGACAGCGAGCCUGAGCGGGUGGCGUCCGUGCUGGAGAAGCUCAAGGAGGAUUGCAAUAAUGCAGAGAACAAGGAGAAGAAGUCCUUUCAGAAGGAACUCAUGAUGGCCCUGCUGAAGAUGGACUGCCAGGGGCUGGUGGCCCGGCUCGUCAUGGACUUCGUCCUGCUGACCACGGCCGUGGAGGUGGCGGCGCGGUGGAGGGAGCUGGCCGAGAAGCUGGCCAAAGUGUCCCGGCAGCAGAUGGACGCCUACGAGGCACCGCACCGGGAUAAGAACGGGGUGGUUGACAGCGAGGCGAUGUGGAAGCCGGCGUACGACUUCCUGCUGACGUGGGCGGCCCAGAUCGGGGACAGUUACAGGGACGUGAUCCAGGAGCUUCACAUGGGCCUGGACAAGAUGAAGAGCCCCAUCACCAAGCGCUGGAAGCACCUGACGGGCACGCUCAUCCUCGUCAACUGCCUGGACGUGCUCCGGAGCUCCGCCUUCAGCCCCGUCGCUCAGGACGACUUCGCCAUCUGAACCACGCCCCGACACCUGGGGGAGGGGGGGGUCUUCUCCACUGUAGCUUCUCCACCUCUUCCUUAUGACCUCCUUUUGUCAUAAACUGUCAUAAUGAUCCACUGUAGCCCCGCAUUUUCCUUUCAUCAUCAACUAUCACAACAGCUGUUUGUUCCCACCCAAUCCCCCAGUAGACUCUUUGCCUUCUGCCCCACCCCACUGGAUGACUUUGCCAUCUUUGAUCCGCCCCCUUCCUUUCCCACCGAACCCAGAACGAAUUCUGUUGUGGUCUCAGUAUUUGUUUUUUGCUAAAUUGUAAAAGGGUAUUUUUAUUGUUGUUGUCCUUCACAGUAUAUAUUUUUUUACUCUGAAAAUGGCACAGCAGCAGUUUUUUUAGAACCACUGUGACACUAUCCAACAUCAAAUCAUGUAGAGACUGAACGCUAAUUAUGGACGUCGGAGCUGAACUAAAUGUUAACCCUGUCUUGUCUUAAGUGGGAAAUAUAUAUGUAUAUUUAUAUGCGUUUAAAGUUUUAUGUUGACAACACAACGACUGUGUUCAAAUGUCAAAUCAAAUGAUUUCUGCUCACUUUUGGUCUUUUUACAUUUCAUUUUUACGUGGUUAACAUUAAACAACGGGAUGAAAAACGGCUUGUAAGCGAGACUCAAAUUUCAUUCUUCUGAAGAGUGAUGCUUCGGCUCUGACCUCUGCGUUUUGUAUUACUUUAAAGCUUCCCACAUCUCUUUGCUCCUGCUGCAGCUCUUUAUAGAAUAUUCCGGAUGACAUUUCUACCAGUUUAAUCCACUUUUUACAAACACCUUUUUUUGUAUAUUUUGUAUGAAAGCUUAUCAAACAGUGAAUACGGCUUUUUGACACGUGUAGCCUAUAUGCUUUUAAAACAAGUGUCACAUCAAUGCCAACUACCUUUAUUUCAAGAAUUCACCCUUCUUUUGAAGGCUUUGAGCUGUUUUCUUUGUGUUGUGUUCAGUGCAGAGUACUGUAUCAAUGUUUAGUGCUGGGGGGAGUUUGUAUUAUUUUGUGACUGCAUCUGUUACUGAGGGAAAUAAAAUGAAUGUAAAUAUUUGUACACAUGGUUACAGGGAUAUUUUAAUGUUGGAGUUAUUGUUUAUAUUCGGAAAAGUCUGGCAAGCACCUCGCCAUGGUGUCUGGGUGAAAAGAUGUGUAUCUUUCUGGUGGAAGAAUGCAAGACAUUUUCUGUUAUUUUUGUUCGUUUGUAUGGCUAUUUUGUAGUCCGCUGAGGCAUAACAUUGGAUGCGCUCAUGACCUGAGUCAACAUUCUUUUCUUUUUUUUGUGUUAAUUUGCUGCCAAAAAUAUUUGAUGAAAGGACUCCUUCUGUGUCAGUUUUUUGCCAUUCAUUCAAUAAAGUGGAUACAUUUGGAAAUAUGUCCUGCUA